AUGUAUAUAGAUAUUUUUGUUGACAAUAUAAUAUAAUAUAAUAUAAUAUAAUAUAAUAUAAUAUAAUAUAAUAUAAUAUAAUAUAAUAUNGAGGGCAGUUUUAUUAACAAUUAUUUAGAAGGAGAAGGAAAAUGUAUUUAUGCAAGAGGACCUAUAUACACUGGAUAAUUUAAGUAAGGAAAAUCAAAUGGAAUUGGUAAAGAAGUAUGGCCUGAUGGUUCUGUUUAUGAAGGAGAAUUUUAAAAUGGUAAAAAGAAUGGAAAAGGAAUUUAUAAGUGGAGUUAGUAAAGUACAUAUAAUGGAGAAUGGUUGGAUAAUAUGAUUAAUGGAAUUGGUAAAUAUGAAUGGCCAGAUGGUAGGGUAAUUUAUUAGUUAUUUAGAACAUAGUCUUAUUAUGGUUAUUGGGUUAGAAAUUAAAUGCAUGGUCGAGGAUUUUAUAAAUGGAUAGAUGGUAAAUAUUAUGAUGGAGAAUAUGAAGCCGAUAAAAAGUCUGGAUUUGGUAUUUUUAAUUGGCCUGAUGGAAAAUAAUAUUAGGGUUAUUGGUUAGAUGGAAAAUAACAUGGAAAAGGACUUAUGAUUAAUAAAGAAGGAAAGAAAAAAUUUGGAGAAUGGUAAAAUGGUAAAUUAAUAAGUUGUUCAGAUGAAUCUAAUUUAUAAAUUAUUCCAGAUGGUUGGUUUCUGAACACUUUUAAUUAAUGA